AAGCUUUGCAUACGGAAUAUGUGUGCAAGGCUGCAAAUGCAAUGCCACCUGCGCCAUAUUGUUCCUGAAUUCUGAUGACUCCUGCUGCAGCAUGGCUAGCCUCAAGUCUGUUGACUUGCACAGGAUAUUCAAGAAGCUGGACCAGAACGACGAUGGCUACGUUAGUCUCGGCGAGCUCAGCUGGCUCCUGGACAAGGUUGGCAUCCGAACUGGCCCUGACGAGCUCGAAUCCAUCGUGGGACGAGAGAGAUUAGACCUGCAAGAGUUCAUCUUCUUCUAUGAGCAGAUAUCGAGGCCAGACGGGGCGGAGCCUGCAGCUGGCUUUGAGGGAGAUGAAGAAAGGGACCUUGUCGAGGCGUUCAAGGUGUUUGACCUGAACAAGGAUGGAUUCAUAUCCUGUGAAGAGCUUCAGAAGGUUUUGUCCAGCCUUGGACUCUGGGAGGAGAGGAGUGGAUGCAGUUGCCGGAGUAUGAUCUCUGAAUUUGAUACCAAUUCAGAUGGGUUGCUUGAUUUUGAGGAGUUCAAGAGAAUGAUGCUACUUACGAUUCCUUGAGCCUUUCUGUAUAUGAACUUUAGACUUCUCGUUCUCUCAUACAAAAUUAAGGUGUUAAUGGUUAAUAAUAAUUUUGGAUUUAUUUUGAUUUUAUUGUUAUAAUAUAUAUUUAUAAACAGGUAUAACACCUAUAUUUAUGUA